AUAUAGAGUCGGUUAGUGGGAGAGAGAGGUAGCGUGCGCGCGCAGAGUAUCGGCACGCCCGCCGCGCGUCCCGCUCGCUCGCCGGCUCGUCCGAGUGCCGACUGCCGUCAGUCUAUCGCGUGCAGAGGCAGUUCAAGUACGUGCCGCCCUUUGCUCUGAUGCGACCGACGCAGUGUCCGUAACCGGUGUUCGGAAAAUUGUGCAUGUGCGUUUUCCGACGGCCUGUGUGUGUGCUUGUGAGAUGUGCUAUUGUUUUCUAGGAGUGAUUCGCAAGCUGAGGAUUAACUUACACGAAUGAGGAUAAUAGUGCUUUCGCGCUAAACGAUACUAAAAACAAUCGCUUUUAGGCGCGUUUUAAAUCUCUCAAAUUAAUGAUAAUUUGAUCAAUAAGUCAAUUAGUCGUACCGCAACGUAGUGUUGCGCCGUUGUCGAUACGCGCAUAUCGAUAGUUGUCCGCGCCGCGCGCGUCACUGUCGCUGCCACAGUCGGUGCUUGCCGGAGUCGACCGACUCGGCCGGCACGCCCCGCCACAGCCGUGGAUAACCUCGGCCAAAGUCCGCUCCCGGUGAAGAGGCUGCACGAAGCGCUGCAGAGUGCGCAAGUGAAGCGCCAGCGUCUCUCCCCUCCCUACCCCGCGCCCCCCUCCCAGCUUCACCCGAUCCAUCAACUAGCUGUGCACCAACACAUCAAAGUGCAGCAGAGCAUCGUGCAGCAGAGUAUAGUGCAGCAGCAUCAGUUGAACCUGGCGCAUCAGUCGCUGCAGAACCUGCAGGCACAACAGAGUUUGCAAGCGGCUCAGCAGAGUCUGCAAGCAGCGCAGAGCCUGCAGGGAGUGCAAGCGCUGCAGGGGCAGAGUCCCACGGCGACGGGCGGCGCGGGAGUGCCGCAGACAGCGGCGACACAGGGCGCCCUGGUGCCCCCUCAGCAGUCAUCGCCGCGGGCCGCCUCGCCGCAGCACAAGGCCAUGGAGCUCGCGCUCUGUCAAAGCAUGGACUCCGUCAACACCGCCACCACUGAGGAAGAGGUGCGGACGCUAUUCGUCAGCGGGUUACCCAUGGAUGCAAAACCACGCGAGCUUUAUUUACUGUUUCGAGCAUAUGAGGGUUAUGAAGGUUCUCUAUUAAAAGUGACAAGCAAGAAUGGAAAAACAGCAUCGCCGGUCGGAUUCGUCACGUUUCACACUCGGGCUGGCGCGGAGGCAGCUAAACAGGACCUUCAGCAGGGCGUCCGAUUCGACCCCGACAUGCCGCAAACGAUUCGGCUGGAGUUCGCUAAAAGCAACACGAAGGUCAGCAAGCCGAAGCCGGCAGUUGCCACCGCCGCGCCAGCUGCACACCCUGCAUUGAUGCACCCACUCACUGGACACUUAGCGAGUCCGUUCUUCCCCGGCGGCGGGGAGCUGUGGCACCACCCGCUGGCGUACGGCGGCGAACUGCCGACGCUCUCGCACGGACUAGUGCACCCGGCCAUCCACCCGCAGAUGGCGCCUGUACGCUCCUACCUCACCCCCCUGACGCUGGGCGCGUGCGUGCUGCCGGCGCCGGCGCUGGGCUCGCCGGGCGCGGCCGUGCCGGCGCACGCGCAGCCGCCCGCGCACCCCGCGCACCCCGCGCACCCCACGCACCCCGCGCCUCCCUGCUCCACGCUGUUCGUCGCUAACCUCGGACAGUUUGUCUCCGAACAUGAACUAAAGGAGAUAUUCAGCAGUUGCGCGGGAUUCACGCGGCUGCGGCUGUUGACGGCCGGCUGCGGCAGCGGCCCGGUGGCCUUCGUCGACUUCGCUAGUCCCACGGACGCGGCCGCCGCGCUCGGGCGGCUGCAGGGCGCGCUGCUUCUCAGCUCUGAGGGGGCCAUCCAUCUUGAGUACGCGCGGCACAAGAUGGCACACAACGGCUGGAUUCUCGCGCACGAAGGAGCCAAAGGCGGAGAAGAGAGCGAACAGCAUUAGCUCAUUCGUUGCUCUCGGCACUUGACAACCAGCGAACUGAGGGGCGCGCAAUCUUGAUCCUCGACGCAUCGGAACCGCGGGAGAUGGAGCCUACUGCUACAACCAAUGUCAAUACUACGGCUGCUAGGAUCAAGAUUCAACCGACAACACCUUCUCGUAGGCUGUACAGAACCAGACACACAAGCCGAUCAUUCCGUGUUACAAUCACAGGUUUUGUUAGCCUACUCGUAGAUGGCAAUGCUCUCAUCUCCUUGCGAUAUUAUUGUUUUCCGAAUCAGCGUCAGGGGUGUGGUGUCUUAAUUUAUACCAAAAUUAGCACAAAGGGUUAUUUUAUUGCAUUAAUAUUAACAUUCCAGUUUUAUUGUUCACCGUUCAUAAUAAAAAACAUGUUUAUAAUUAUUAAUUUAAAUGAUUAAGUUCUUGGUGUAAACUUUAUUGUUUAUUUAUUGUCGAUAUUUUAUUUUAAAUGUGUAACAUAAGAUUUAUUUACAACUUAUUGCGAAUUAUUUUCUACAAGACCGAUGCAAACAGCUAAGAGGAUUUAUAAUUAUAGUGUAAUAACAGAAAUUAAACAUUUUAGGAUAAAUCUCAUUCGAAUAAGCUAAAAACCAAAGGUGCCCUUCAUAGAAAGAUUACGUUUUGUUAAAUAAUAUUUCAAGUUAAAUGAUUUAAAAUGAAGUUGUAUGUAAUGAAUACGAUGCUUUUGUUUUAGCCUCAAUAAUGUUAGCGUAUUUAAAUGGAUUUCAUAACUAUUUCAAAUUAUAUUUAUCUAAUACUUUCUUAGUAAUUUUUAUAUUGUUCAAUCACUCGUUAAAGCGCUGGCACUCUAGUGUUGGUCUUACGGUCCCUUCUUUCUGUAAAUGGAGUUAUCGGAAUAAUUAUAAAGAUGGAGUAUACUCGACGCGACUGGGCAGGGACGCCCCUUGGUGCCGCUUGCUGUGGAGUGCGACUCGCUGCCGCGCCGCCGCCGCGCCGCGCCGCCGCCGCCACCGCCACGCCCGCGCCGCUCCUCUCCCAUCUGUCUCGUCUGUUCUCCACUUGUCACACACAAAUAUUCCUUUCUAUGUGCCUUGCCUACGAUUCCCUAAUCCUUCGAAGUUAUUUAAUAUUUUUACACUUCAUGUUCUUGUUUGAGAGUUGGACUGAAGGGAAACGGGAAAUAACAGUAAAGCGGGGCGCGGUGCGACCGGCCGACGUCGGUUCAGUCUUGUUGCGAGAAUUUAGCCUUGGCCUUAUGAGAGUUAAAUAACUUAAAUGUAAUCAUUAUACCUAUUAAUUAAUUGUAAUAAUAUAUUAGUUGGCGCCGCGCGGGUGCGCCGACGCCGAAUAGUGAAACAAUUACUCUAUCUGCAUGCUUUGACGAGCUUUUUGGUAAUAAUCUAAUUUUAAAUUUAGUAGUUACUUUUAUUGUGUAAUCGUUAGGUCGAUACCAUAAAUUUAGAUAAGGGUAUUUAUUGUAGAAAAUCGACAUAGUUACAUUACUAUUUAAUGAAAGUUAUUCAUACAUAAUAAUGAAACAAUGUAAUGAAUUUUAAAUUUACUGAAAUGUAAGGGUUAAUCAAAUGGAAGAUUAAUAUAUUUUUUAUUUUUAGCUAGUUGACUAUCGCAUACAGAAUACUAGUUACCUACUGAAAUGUAUCAUCGGAGCCCGCUCCGAGCGCACGGCAGUGCGAGAUAGCAAUAAACCAAAAAUAAAAUCUUAAUGUUAUUUAGAGGUACCUAUUAGUGACAUAUUCUGCUGAUGUAAACAUGUAAAAA